AUGUUGCGGAAACUGAAGCAGCAGGUGGCUCAAGCAGUUAAUAACGUCAACUCUCAACAGCCUCAGCACGAACCAUUGUACAACGAAAAUGAUGACACAUCACCGCAGGGAUUUCUUUGUCCUAUUUGCAUGCAAUCUCAUACAUCGCCAGAUCAGUUAAAAGCACAUUUUCAAGUGCAUGCAGUGCAACAGAUAUCCAAAAUUGGAGAUUGCGAAAUUAGUAGUUCAACUUCAUCGGAAUUAAUUGGUAAUGGUUUUGAUGGACCAAAAGAAGGCCAUCUUGAAACGGAUACUAAAGAAAUUGAAUCGCAGUUGCUAGAUGAAAAAUGUUAUUCAGCUGAGCUCAGGAAAGAAUUAGAUGGACUGCAUAAUAUUAUUGCAAAACAAGAGGAAUUAUCUGAAGAUGAAGUGCCUUAUUUCACACAGCAAUUACAUCUGCUGCAAGCUGGUAAAGCUUUAGCAGCAGAACGAAUGUUGGAGAUGGAGAAGAGCAUUAAAACUAUGAGUCGACAUAUUCAGCAGCUAAAACAAGAAAAAAUUGUUUUGAUUAAAAAAAUUGGAGAACUUUCGAAAGAUUAUGCUGGAAAAAUAAAUGAGGUUGAAGAAAAAAAUCAGGAGAAAACACUGUUAGGUGAUGAGUUAGUAAGGUAUCGGCAAGAAAUGCAGAAUUUGGAAGCACAAACUGAAAUUUUGCAAACAAAACUUGAUCAGAGUUUUAUAUUUAUUUAUGAUCUUAUCCGUCUAUCUCAUUUAAGACCGUCAGAGGAUGAUGUGAGUGUGCUUAGAAAGGAACUCGUACAUGCUCAGCAACUUAUGGAUACUAUAACACAAAAAAAAGAAAGCGAAAUCAAGAAAUAUAUUGAUACAAUACAUAACACCGAAAGAGACUGUAAAAAAUUAGCUUAUGAAGUUGAAAAUCUGAAAAAUAAUGUCGAACAGUUUAAGAACAAUAUCAUUACAUUUCAAGUGCGAGCCAAACAAUUUCUCGAAGAGUUUAGUACAUCUGCAAACGUGUGGGAGGAGAAAGCACUAGCUGCGAAUGAAAAAAUCGACUGUGUUUCUAGUAAAAUUGAUUCAAUACAAUGUAUUGUGCGUAAAUAUCAAAAUAAGAUUAGCAAUAAUAUAUGUGAUAAAGUCGAGCUUACAAAACAACUAGAAAAUUGCGAUAAAGCUGUGGAGAUGAUGGCUGGGAAGGAAGAAGCAAUAAAAAAGUAUAAGGAAGAGAUUCAGCAGUUGAAAGAACAUAUUUCAAAACAACAAAAGUUGUUAGAAAAGGCAGCAGCGACUGAAAACGUUUUGAAACUAAAUCUAAAAAAUGCAGAGACGAAGGAAUCUUCUUUAAUGAAAAAAAUUUCUGAAGGUUUUGGAGCGGAAAAAGUUAUGAUAGAAAAAAUGCAACAUGAAAAACUCUUUCUUGAGAGAACAGUUAGUGAGCUAAAUAAAAAGCUCACAUCACUCAAGUGCAGAUAUGAAGAAACAAUAUCAAAUCAGAACAAGAAUUGGGAAACAAAGUUGAGUAUUGAAAGAGAAGCAGUGAAGAAUCUCAAAACAAAAUUGCAUGAAUCAUCAUUGAAAUUUUAUUCUUUUAAGGAAGAAAAUGAGAAGUUAAUGAAAAUGUUAGAAGGGAAAGAUGAGACGAUGAAAGAAAUGGAAGAGAUUAUCGAGAAAGGAAAAGCAGAAUUUCAUUCAGCAAUAGAAAAGCUAGCAACAAUGGAGGAAAAGGCAAAACAGCUGAUUAACGAGCUGCAUGAAAAAAAUGCUGCGCUAUUCAGACGUGAUGAAAGAUGCGCAGAAUUAGAAGAAACGGUGAUGACGAUGAAAUUGGAAAUGGACAAUCUGAAAAAGGCUAAAAGACAGCUGGAAUGUAAUUUGGCACAAAAAAAACAUGAUGAAAAGUAUAUUCAAGAAUUACAGUCAACUCUUUCCGAGUGUGAAAAAGAUAAGAUUGCUCUUAAUGAAAGUAUUGAGGCUCUAAAACAACGGUAUUUGAAAUUAGACGUAGAUUGUGCACGAUAUAGAGAUUGUGUAGUCGCAAUGGAGAAGAAUUUGUCCGAAAAAGAAACGAUAAUGAAGGAAUUAAAAACAAGUUUGGAAGUGAGUGAGCAUUUUACCGAUGUUGCUGCUAAUUAUAAUAAACAGCUAUCUGUUGAGCUGAAAGCUCAAAAAGAAAUGUUCUCAGAAUUGAAUGAAGAACUCAGCAUGAAGAAAAAGGAUUUUUCUGAAGUAACGAAAAAAAUGGAACAUUUGCGUGAGCAAUUACUUUUAGAAAAGGAAGAAAAAUCUGCUUUAGAAGACGAAAUAUCAAAACUGAACAAGCAUAAUUUAAAGUUGCAAGAAGAAUUGAGCAUUCAAGAAAAGAAGACAUCGGAUAUGCAGAACAGCUUCGAAAAAGAACUCAGUUUCUUGAAACAUUCCUUGCAAGAAUGUAAGAAGAAAGAGGAAGGGACUUUAUCACUACUCAAUACACAGUUAAAGGAAGAAGAAGAUAAAUUGAAGAAUGCUUUAAAAGAUGUUGAAAUGAAAGAUGCAGAUUUGGAACGAAUGAAGAAGGAUUUAGCAAAUAUUACGAAAGAAUGUGAUGAGUUGAGAAUUCAUCAAAGUGAAUUAGAAAAAGCGACAGCAGAAUGGUUACAAGAAAGACGAGCACUGCAAGAGAGAUGUAUAAGCGCAGAAAGUGAUUUGGAAUUUGAACGUGAGCGAGCUGCUGUCAAUAAAAAAAACUUUGAUGACAUUCAAACUGCUGUGAGGGAACUUGGAAGAGUAAAUCAAAAUCUACAGAUGGAUUUUGCGAAACAGGCAUCUCGUAAAUGGUUGGAUGAUUCAGAAGCCAGAAAUUGUCAUGCUUGCAACAAGCCAUUUACGCUUACCAAUCGUAAACAUCAUUGUCGGGAGUGUGGGCAAAUAUUUUGCUCUUCAUGUUCAUCAUUUUCCGCCAAAAUUGCAUCACAUAAAAAUCCAGUUCGUGUAUGUAGUGCGUGUUAUGAAGAAAUUACUCACCGAAAUUAA